AUGCUAAAAAUUAUCCUCCCUACCAUAAUACUAGUACCCCUUACAUGAAUAUCAAAGCCUAACAUAAUCUGAAUUAAUACAACAACCUAUAGUCUACUCAUCAGCCUUAUUAGUCUGACAUAUCUCAAUCAACUCAGUGAUAAUAGUCUAAACUUCUCAUUAACAUUCUUUACCGACUCCCUAUCAGCCCCCCUGUUAGUUCUCACAACAUGACUACUGCCCUUAAUACUUAUAGCUAGUCAAUUUCACCUGUCAAAAGAGACCCUGACCCGGAAAAAAUUAUAUAUCACAAUACUAAUUCUCCUGCAACUAUUCUUAAUUAUAACAUUUUCUGCUACUGAGUUAAUCAUAUUCUAUAUUUUAUUUGAAGCUACCCUGGUACCGACUUUAGUUAUCAUUACUCGAUGAGGAAACCAAACAGAACGACUAAACGCGGGCCUCUAUUUUUUAUUCUACACCUUAGUAGGAUCCUUGCCCUUACUAGUUGCACUGUUAUAUGCCCAAAACAGCUUAGGAUCACUAAAUUUUCUCAUAGUACAGUACUGAACUCAGCCCUUGCCAAAUUCCUGAUCUAACAUUUUCAUGUGGCUGGCAUGUAUAAUAGCAUUCAUAGUAAAAAUACCGCUAUAUGGCUUACACCUAUGACUACCUAAAGCACAUGUAGAAGCUCCUAUUGCAGGAUCCAUAGUACUUGCUGCAGUACUUCUAAAACUAGGGGGAUACGGUAUAAUGCGGAUUACAACAAUACUCAACCCUCUAACAAAUUUUAUAGCCUACCCCUUCAUAAUGCUCUCACUAUGAGGAAUAAUCAUAACAAGUUCUAUUUGUUUACGCCAGACAGACCUAAAGUCCCUAAUUGCAUACUCCUCUGUUAGUCACAUAGCCCUAGUCAUUGUAGCAAUUCUAAUCCAAUCCCCAUGAAGCUACAUAGGAGCUACUGCUCUAAUAAUCGCCCAUGGGUUAACAUCUUCUAUGCUAUUCUGUCUUGCAAACUCUAACUACGAGCGAACCCAUAGCCGAACUAUAAUUCUCGCACGGGGCUUGCAAACGCUUCUUCCACUUAUAGCAGCUUGAUGACUAUUAGCAGGCCUAACUAACUUAGCUCUUCCUCCUACAAUUAAUCUGAUUGGGGAACUGUUUGUAGUGAUAGCCACAUUUUCAUGAUCCAAUAUUACCAUUCUCUUAAUAGGAGUUAACAUUACCAUUACUGCUCUCUACUCUCUAUAUAUACUAAUUUCUACACAGCGAGGCAAGUAUACAGACCACAUCAAAAAUAUUAAGCCAUCUUAUACACGAGAAAAUGCCUUAAUAGCCUUACAUUUACUACCCCUUUUACUUCUAUCUCUUAACCCUAAAGUAGUUCUAGGCUUUAUUUACU